AUGGUCAAAUUUUUGAAACCUGGAAAGGUAGCAAUUGUCACCUCAGGUCGAUACGCUGGUAGGAAAGUUGUAAUUUCAAAGAAUGUAGAUGACGGUACGAAGGAACGACCAUAUGGUCAUGCGAUCGUCAUAGGGAUUGAAAGAUAUCCAAGAAAAGUUACCAAACGAAUGGGACCUAAACGUAUCGCAAAAAGAUCACGAAUCAAGCCUUUCAUCAAGACCAUAAACUAUAAUCACCUAAUGCCUACCAGAUAUAAUUUCGAAUUAGAAGACUUAAAACAAGUGGUUACACUCGAAACCUUCAAAGAACCUGCUCAAAGACAAACAGCGAAGAAAACUGUGAGAAAAUCUUUAAAAGAAAGAUAUAAGGCCGGAAAGAAUAAAUGGUUCUUCACUAAACUUAGAUUUUAA